AUGAUUGAAUCCAUUACAGCAGCAGAACGACUCGAUUCUCGUGGUAGGCCGACUGUGCAAGUGGCAGUUACCACAUCCCACGGCAUCUUUCGCGCUCUUGUCCCCUCAGGGGCAUCGACUGGAAAGCAUGAAGCUCUUGAGCUUAGAGAUGGGGACACAUCACGAUAUGGCGGGAUGGGCACCACUCGUGCUGUUGCCAACGUCGAGAAGGUUAUAGGACCAGCUUUGCUUGAGAGUGGACUUGACCCAAAGACGCAACUGAAAGACAUUGACAAAUUCAUGACGCGGCUAGAUGGUACAGCCGAUAAGUCUAGAUUUGGCGCAAAUGCCAUACUCGGAAUUAGCAUGGCAUGUGCCAGAGCCGGCGCAGCGGCCAAGAAUGUUCCCUUAUAUGAAUUCUUGCGGCAGGAAGCCAGAAUAGAAGGCCCUUAUAUUCUUCCUGUUCCGUUCCUCAAUGUAUUAAACGGAGGUGUCCACUCUGGAAAUACCAUGGCAUUCCAGGAACUUAUGAUUGCCCCAACAGCAGCCAGCUCCUUUCGCGAGGGACUUCGCCUGGCUGCAGAAGUCUACCAUGCACUUAAAGCGAUUAUUGCAGAGCGUUUUGGAGCCCUAGCCACCGGUCUUGGUGACGAGGGCGGCUUUGCACCUCCCAUCACUUCUUUGGAACAUGGACUGGACCUGCUCACGGCGGCUGUUGAAAAAUCAGGCCACACUGGUCGUAUCAAGUUUGCCUGUGACCCUGCAUCUUCAGAGUUUCAUGACAAAAAUUCGGGAAUGUACGACCUCUCCUUUAAGGAUGAUUCAAUUAACGACGUUCGCACUUCGAAGGAGAUGCAACAGCUUUACAAAGAUAUUAUUGGGAAAUAUCCACUUGUUUUGCUCGAGGAUCCAUUUGCGGAAGAUGACUGGCCAAGUUGGACAGAAUUCAACCACGAGUGUAAAAUUGAGCUCGUCGGGGACGACUUGCUCUGCACGAAUGUAGAGCGCAUCAAAGUUGCUGCGGAAGAGCGCGCAUGCAACGCAGUGUUGUUGAAAUUAAAUCAGAUAGGGACUGUUUCAGAGGCUAUAGCAGCGGCUAACUGCGCUUUCAAAUUGGGAUGGGGUGUUUUCGUAUCGCACCGAUCUGGGGAGACAACAGACGACUUCAUUGCCGACCUGGUAGUCGGCCUUGGCACCGGCCAUAUCAAAUCCGGAGCGCCAGCUCGAGGUGAGAGAGUUUCCAAGUAUAACCGACUCCUCGAUAUCGAAGCGGACCUAGAAAUGGGCGGAGAGCGAGUAAUCUACGCUGGUCCAAACUUUUCAAAGGGUCCACAGAUACGGAUCAUGUAA